AUGGUCAAGCCUACCCCAGACAGGCCAUAUGAAGGCACGAUCAACAUUCAUUCAGAGUUUUCGCCGAUGGCUUCAAGUGAAUACGAACAAGGAAGGACAUCCGACGAGGAGGUCACGAUUACGCGAAUGCUAGACAAGGUAUUGCGAAGGAGUGAUGCAUUAGACAAGGAAUCGCUUUGCGUCGUGGCUGGGCAAAGAGUAUGGUCGCUUAAGCUUACAGUACAGUUUCUCUCGGAUGCAGGGAAUAUGCUAGAUUGUGCAUGUCUAGCAGGGAUCGUCGCCCUGCGUCACUUUCGCAAGCCAGAAGUCGAGAUCGACGGAGAGGAGGUCAUUGUCCACUCUCCAGACUCGAGAGCUCCCCUGCCACUCGCCAUUCACCACACUCCAAUCUGCUUUACAUUCGCCUUGUACUCGUACCAAAAGCUCUCGGUGACAAAAUCAAAGGGGACGAGCUCUACGACCGAACAACAAAGCAUCUCCACCGUCCCCUCUGGAUCCUUUUCGACACACCAAACAUUUGCGCUGCUCGACCCCAUCCUCUUGGAGGAAACGUUAGCCCACGGUACACUCUCCAUCGCGCUCAAUGCACAGGGGGAGCUAUGCGUACUCCAGAAAAACGGCGGUGUACCACUGGACCAGAGCGAAAUUCUCCGGCUGAUCAACAUCGCGGUCGAACGGGCCAAAGAAAUCGACCAGCUCAUCGAACGGCGUCUCAAAGAAGACUGGGGAACGCGAAACCUCGAGGUUAUAUAG